CUGGGCCGGGCCUGGAUGUGGCUGAACACGCCUCUCUGUCUGAGGGCGGAUGUUUCCUCUGCUCUUAUAGCCCACGGCAGCUCAAACAGAUCUGCGCGGAAGAUUGGAAGAGCAGCAGUGCAGCUUCUCAACACACAGAAUCUGACUUCUCUCCCCACCCAGGCCUUCAGCACCAUGGUACACAAGGAGUUCCAGUCUGCAGGGAAGAAGCCCGGACUGCAGAUAUGGCGAGUGGAGAAGAUGGAUUUGGCACCCGUUCCAUCAAAGCUCUAUGGAGACUUCUACACAGGGGAUGCCUACAUCGUCCUCUUCACCACUCCUGCUCCUUCAUACAAUGUGCACUCAUGGAUUGGCAAUGAAGCAAGUAAAGAUGAGAGCGGGGCUGCAGCCAUUCUCAUCACUCAGCUGGAUGAUCACCUCGGUGGUGCUGCGGUGCAAUUCAACGAGUUCCAAAACCAAGAGUCGCUCACCUUCCAGGGUUACUUCAAGUCUGGCAUAAAGUACAUGGAAGGUGGAGUAGCCUCAGGCUUCAAGCAUGUUGUGACCAACAACAUGGAUGUGAAGCGCCUGCUGCGCGUCAAAGGCCGGCGUACGGUCAGAGCCACUGAGAUGGCCCUGACCUGGACGAGCUUCAACAAAGGAGACUGCUUCAUCAUUGACCUGGGAAAGGAGAUCUACCACUGGUCUGGCAGUGAGAGCAAUCGCUAUGAGCGGCUGAAGACCACUCAGAUGGCCCAGGACAUCCGUGACAAUGAGAGAAAUGGGCGCGCUGACAUGAUCAUGAUCGAAGAGGGAUCUGAACCAGAGGCUGUCACCAAAGAACUUGGACCAAAGCCAGAGUUACCUUCAGGAGACUCUGAUGAGUGUGAUGAAAAGGCCAAGAAGAAUAAGGCUUCUCUGUAUCUGGUUUCUGAUGCUGCUGGUAGCCUGACAACAACUUUGGUGGCCAGUUCAAACCCAUUCAAACAAAACAUGCUCUCUCCUGAUGAAUGCUACAUCUUGGACAAUGGAGAAGACAACAACAUAUUUGUUUGGAAAGGACCGAAGGCAAACCCAGAUGAGCGUAAAGAGGCGCUGAAUGCUGCUCAAAAGUUUAUCAAACAAAAAAACUACUCCCCAAGAACAAAGGUUCAGAUCAUUCCCGCAGGGAGUGAGACCACUCUAUUCAAGCAGUUCUUCUUCAAAUGGCUGGAGGGAGAGUGCACGGGCCAGACCUACACUGUAGGCCGCAUCGCUAAAGUGGAGAAUGUUCCCUUUGAUGCCACAAAGCUACAUGGUAACAACGCCAUGGCUGCCCAACAUUGCAUGGUGGAUGAUGGCAGUGGGAAGGUCCAGAUCUGGCGUGUGGAAGGAGGUGACAAAGCUCCUGUGGACCCAUCCAGCUAUGGCCACUUCUAUGGAGGAGACUGUUACCUGGUGCUGUAUUCCUACAAUCAUGGAGGCAGACAGAAGCACAUCAUCUACACCUGGCAAGGCCACAAGUGCAGUCAGGAUGAACUGGCGGCGUCGGCUUUUCUCACAGUGAGACUGGACGAUUCAAUGGGAGGAGUGGCCACACAAGUCCGGGUCACUCAGAGCCAAGAACCCCCUCAUCUUGUGAGCUUGUUUAAGGACAAGCCUUUGGUCAUCCACCUGGGUGGGACGUCCCGCAAGGGUGGAGACAGCAAACCUGCCAGCACGCGGCUCUUCCAUAUCCGCCAGAGCUCCACCAAAGCUUUGCGGGCUGUUGAGGUGGAAGCUACGGCCUCCAGUCUCAACACUAACGACGUCUUUGUGCUGAAAUCGCCGGACUCCCUAUUCGUGUGGAAGGGAAAAGGAGCAAGUCCAGAUGAGAUGAAUGCAGCCAAGUAUGUUGCCAGCCUGCUGGGUGGAACUCCCAUAGAGAUGGAGGAAUCCAAGGAGAAAGCUGAUUUCUGGUCAGCACUGGGGGGAAAGAAAGACUACCAGACCUCCAUUACCCUCCAGAAAAACAUCAAACCUCCAAGACUGUUUGGAUGUUCCAAUAAGACUGGCCGGCUGAUAGCAGAAGAGGUGCCCGGCGACUUCUCACAGAUCGAUCUGGCAACUGACGACGUCAUGAUUCUGGACACAUGGGAUCAGGUUUUUGUCUGGAUUGGAAAAGAAGCAAAUGAAACAGAGAAGGCUGGAGCGCCUAAAAUCGCUGAGGAGUAUGUGAAAUCAGACCCCUCUGGCCGUCGUGGCAUCCCCAUCAUCACCAUCAAGCAGGGGCAGGAGCCACCCUCCUUCACUGGCUGGUUCCUUGCUUGGGACCCCAAGAUGUGGGACCAAGAUGCCUAUGAACGCAUGAAAUCCUUAAACAAAAAGAAUUAAGUGUAGAAAACAAAAACUGCCUAAUGUUGCGCCCCCAAUGUUGGAAAUGUUAUGGCGGACAAAGCUUUCUUCCAUGUUCUUGCUGUUUUUCAUAUGCAUUGAUUUGCUUGCACCAGGAAACUGGCUGGUUUGUGCAACUCACUAAGAAAAAAACAAAACAAAAACAGGAUGUGAUCUUGUUUUCCAAGUUUUGUGGCCGCAAAAAAAAAAA